ACUACUGACGCGUACGUGUCGUGCCGUGCCGCCUGUAGACGACGGUGCGCUUUCCCGUCGUCGGGGGCCCUCUAGUUGAAUUCAAUAGCCUGAGGAAUGCGGCGAACACUGUCUCCUUCAUUUUUCUACCUGCGUCCGCUCGCGUAGGACGUGAGAAGGACUGCUCUAAGCACACGCGCUGCGCGAGUCUUCCCUCUCGGCGUCUCACUUUUUUGAGACUGCGUCCGUUGCCACGUGCGAUCUCUCCCGAGAGAGGAUUCCUCGUUCUUCCUUUGGAAGAGGAGGAGGGAAAAGAACGGUUUCUUCUUAGCAGAGGAGUGAAACGUGAGAAGUGCGAAGCGGGACAUCGCGAGGUGAAGUGUCGGCGAAGGUGCUCGCGAAGGGUCGUUGCACUUCCUGCGACCGGCCUACGCGUUGUUGUCGUCGUCGGGCGACCUUUGCACCGAGGUUCCGCUUACUCUUUGUCGGCGCGGACGAUGUCGCCCGGUCGUGAUUCCGGUGAACGCGGAGUGCCGCGAGGUGCGCGUCGCUUCUGUUUCCACGCGAAGAAGUGAGGGGUGAAGGGCGAGGGGAGAAAAGGACACCCGCGCGCGUCCGUUAGAAACGAUUGGCGAAAAUGAUCUUCACCGGCCGAUCGGUGGACGCCCUGGACGAUAUGCGGGGUGCAGGUGGUGCGGCCGAUAUCCAGGCGGAAGGACGUCGGGACAUGAAGGCCAUCGCGAUCGCGGCCGGAUGGUUCUGCAGCCUGCGGAGGACCGGCAAAAAGAACAAGAAGAACUACCAGAAGCAGGCGAAGAGCGCCUGGGACCUCAGCGACUUGUCCACGCAACUCAAAGAUGAAUUGGGCGAAGUCGUGGCGGAGAUGGAGGCGAUGGAGGGCGGCGGACUCACGGCCGACGAGACGAAGCCAUCCAACAAGGCCAAGCAAACGUCGAUCGGCCGCAAGAAGUUUAAUAUGGAUCCUAAGAAAGGCAUCGAGUACCUGAUAGAGCACAACCUGUUGGCGCCGACACCGGAGGAUGUCGCUCAGUUUCUCUAUAAGGGCGAGGGUCUCAACAAAACCGCGAUCGGCGAUUACCUCGGCGAGCGGCACGAUUUCAACGAGCGCGUGCUCAGGGCCUUCGUCGAGCUACACGACUUCACGGAUCUCAUACUGGUGCAGGCCCUACGCCAAUUUCUCUGGUCGUUCCGACUACCCGGCGAGGCGCAAAAAAUCGAUCGUAUGAUGGAGUGUUUCGCUCAAAGGUACUGCCAGCUAAACCCAAAUAUCUUCACCAAUACGGACACCUGCUACGUGCUGAGCUUCGCCAUCAUUAUGCUGAAUACGUCGUUGCAUAAUCCGAGCGUCAAGGAUAAGCCCAGCGUGGAGCAGUUUAUUUCGAUGAAUCGGGGGAUUAAUAACGGCGGAGACCUGCCGCGAGAACUGCUUGUGAGCUUAUACGAAAGUAUCAAAACCGAGCCUUUCAAGAUACCGGAAGACGAUGGCAACGACUUAAUGCACACCUUCUUCAAUCCCGAUAAAGAAGGUUGGCUGUGGAAACAAGCAGGUGGACGUUAUAAGAGUUGGAAAAGGCGGUGGUUCAUAUUGAAUGACAAUUGCUUGUACUAUUUCGAAUACACAACGGACAAGGAACCACGUGGCAUCAUUCCGCUAGAAAAUAUUCAGGUCCGAGAGAUUCAGGACCGACACAAACCACACUGCUUUGAAUUGUACGCUGCUGGUUCCGAGUUCAUAAAGGCGUGCAAAACCGACAGCGAGGGAAAAGUCGUUGAAGGAAAACAUACCGUAUACAGGAUGUCUGCAGCUACCGACGAAGAGAAGGACGAAUGGAUCAAGUGCGUACGACAAAGUAUAUCGCACAAUCCUUUCUACGACAUGCUGGCAGCACGAAAGAAAAAGGCACAAAAAACCAAUGUGCACUCGAAGAGUUAAGCGCUGCCAUAAGCCAGAUUUCGAAAGAAGCCUGGCAAUUUAGAAGACUGUUUAUUCGCGAUCCAACGUUACAUAUAGUAUCGUCGGAUACAACCAAAUCAUAGGAUGGGCAUAAGAGCCCAUCGAGAAAGAAAGAGAAAGCACGCCGAAAGCGUUUUACAGAAAAUUCUGAUGGACGCCAGACGUGGUGCCGUAGUAACGUGAUACGAAAUACCGCUGCAGCAUGUGCUUGCAAUACGUAGAAUACGACAUUAACGUAACAUCGUUCGUAGACUGAAUAUCGAAUGCAGAAUUGACGUUCUUGAGUAUCCCACGAAUGCGCAACAAUGAUAAAUAGAUGAAGAUUACAAUAACGAGAACACACAAGGCUGCAAAUACACUGCAAAACGACGUGACAGCAUGACGCUCGAUCAGCAUUAUAUUUAAACAAAGAGAAUCUUGUGCUUUAGAGGCCUAUAGAUAUAUUUCCAUGGAUUUAAUAGGUAGAGUGUCUACAAAGACCUCUUCUUUCCUUUCGUCAUAGAGAAAAUGAGAUGCGCGGCUUCGUAUAUACGGGACAUAAAAGUCUGUACACAAUUAUACAGGAGUAAGUGAUAUCUAUAAAUUGACGGUAAAUUGACAGCAGAAUAGUACGAGCAGGUAUCUGUUUGUUUAAUCUUUCAUACCUUGCUGAAACAGAGAGAAAAUCAAUAAUCUCGAAUGUUAACUUUGUAAUCGCGCAAUGUAGACACCAUUAAUGUUCUUAGCGACAUAUCUAGCAAUAUAAUAUUGCGCGAGUACGACUUAUAUAACAAGCUAUGAGCAGAGAGAACAAGUUUCAUUUUCCGGCAGCUUCAAAACAUCGUGUUGAAGCUCUACCUAACCUUAGGGAGCUGAUAAUACAACGCUUGAGGUAUUUUGUACGAGAUAUAAGUAGUAUCGUUCCGUGCAAAUAAAAAUAUAACGAUAUUCCGUAAUCUCCGAUUACACGAAGGACAAGAAGAGUAAAGACAAGAAACCGAUAGAAAUGAUAUAUUCAUGUGAUAAUUAUAUUCAUUGUGUAUUUAUUUGAACAAACAUGUACAAAUGUGAAACUAAGUGAUAUAUUCUUAGCAUGAGACGGAAUUCUCUUCAGCUGUUCAUGCUUAUAUAAUUUACGAAUGUAGCAUGAUUAGAAAACUAGAGUUUGUUUAAUUCGUGAGACACAUAACACACAGACACACAUGAACAUGAUUCAGUGUAGCGAUUAAAAUACAUACGAUAAGUUCAAAAUAACAUCUUACUAAGAGAUCUGACGGGGAACCUGCGACUCGAUUAUUCUUGAUUUAAGAAGAAGAAAUUAAAACGUUAGAAAGGUAGGUUUUAUGAGAAGUGUAUAUGUAAGUACGAAACGAGUUUGCGCCGUGAUCGUAGCUCUCUUGCAUUACUCCGAAUGAGCAUCAUUUCACACGAAGUUAUCCGUAAGUAUGUUUCAUGUUUUGAUAGAACUUCACAAUUCCUUCGCAAAACUUUGCUUCAUUAGCAUCCGAUAUACCGUUACGUGCUCAGCUAAUGCAAAAUUAGCAACAGAGAAGCAGGUGCCUUUGAGAUCGUCGAGCUAGUCGUAAUAGCUGAUCUGUCAUACACAAGAGACUCGAAAGACACUUUCCUUUGUUACGUGCGAGGAAAGCCAGACAUCGAAAACGCCUUAUUAUAAUACGUUAGAUAAUUAACGAAACAUUAAAGUAAUCAUAGAAGCAGAUAAUAAUAGCGUGUAAUUUUUUGUUUAUGUCAUGCUGUUCUCAAAGAGACCUUAUUCACUCUAUGAAUCAUAAUGUUCCCCAAUUUAUGAUAGAUUCGCGAAGAAGGCAUUUUUUAUAAUAGUAUCGAGGAUAUAUUUGCUGAAAUCGUGAAUUCUUUGAUUUGUUCGAUUUUCCGAUAGUCGUGGAUAUAUGUAGAGUAGAUUCGCCUGGUUUUCUGGUUCUCGUUCCACAAAAAUGUUAGAAACAAUUUGUCCGAUUUUAUGUACACUCUGUUUCAUAUAUUCUGUUUUCAUAUAGUUUAAACACUUUUUUUCUUCGAUGCAGUUUGAAAUGCAGUCAAGGCUCAAUAAGAGAAUUUAAUUUCUGGGAAUUAAACAAAAACAAGUUAUUGGACCAUCGACUGCGUUCCAAGCUGCAUCGAGAAAAAAGGUUCAAAGCGUUUUAAAAUCAAGUAUUUAUGUAAAAAACGUUUUCGAUAUAUAUAUAUAUAUUUACUUGAAUAUUUAAUUGCGAGAUAGAUUUUUGCCAAUAUAUUCUGAAGACGUUUUCUUUUCGUGAACAUGCUGCUUACCGAGUCAUGUAGACAAUAACAUAUUAUGUUAUCAAACAAUAUGUCUAAAACCGUAAAAUGCGUGUUCGAAGAUAAAAGUGAAACAGUUAUGCCGAAUCUUGGAAUCAUUUAUGAACUUGUAAUAUUUCUUUGUGGGAUGUUUGUCGAGCCGAUGUUGUAAUAUAUCCUAUAUCGAAUCGAAUUUAGGAAGAUCGAUUGAUUAUUUGUGCUAGUACAUAGAUUUUAUAUAACUCGUGAGAAUAGUCCGGCAGACUUUCACAUUUCAUUGUCAGCGUUGAUGAGAAUGUUUUGUGGAUUUAUGUGCGCAUAUCAUAGAUUUAUCAAUGAAUGCGGCGUUUCACGAGUAACAUAGUCAUUUUCUAAGAAAUCUGACUCAUGAGAUUAUAAUCUCGAUGAAACACGUCACAAUAAAUCUAUGAUAUAUAUUCUAAUACUGUACAUACACGUAUAAAUAUAUCUCGGUAAAUUAUAAGCGUAACUACGUAUGGAAUAAAGUUAUUUCGUCUUUUCUCCUGUAA